CUUUUGUAACAAAAGAGAGAGAAAGAAAAAGAGAGAAAUGAUACGAUUUUUUUUUAUAGUCAAUAGAUCAUGCAAAACAAGAUAUGCGAAAUAUUAUCAGACAAUUCAAGAUACUCCAGCAUUUGAGUUAGAAAUAGCCAGGAAAUGUAUAACAAGAAAACAGAAUCAGACACUAUUCUUUCAACUAGAUGAGUAUAAAAUAGUUUACCGUGUGUAUGCUUCGUUAUACUUUAUUAUUGGAUGCGAUCUGGACGACAAUGAGUUUUCUAUGCUUGAACUCAUUCAACUCUGUGUUGAAACUAUGAACCAAACAUUUGAAAAAGCAACGGAACUUGAUCUUGUGUUCAACCUCGAAAAAGUUCACAUGAUCAUUGACGAAGUUAUAGCAAAAGGUCUCAUCUUAGAAACCAAUCAGCAGAGGCUUCUUAAUUUUAUGGGCAGCCUUUAUUCUAUCUAAUGUCCGCCUAUCGCUUUUUUUUUUCAGAUAAAAUUUGCGCGUAACAAAGAUUAAAUUUUGUUUUUAAGCU